AGGGGGAGCGGGAGAUCAAGAACCCUGCGCAGUGAGCGGAGUCAGCCCUUCCUGCGGCUUCCUGCCCACCCGGAGCAACCGAUCCUCAGGCCCGCUCCAGCGAUGGCAUUCGCGAGCCUGCGCAAAGUGCUCAUCAGUGACAGCCUGGACCCCUGCUGCCGGAAGAUCCUGCAAGAUGGAGGGCUGCAGGUGGUGGAGAAGCAGAACUUGAGUAAGGAGGAGCUGAUCGCCGAGCUGCAGGACUGCGAAGGCCUUAUUGUCCGGUCAGCUACUAAGGUCACUGCUGAUGUCAUCAACGCAGCGGAGAAGCUCCAGGUGGUGGGCAGGGCUGGUACAGGCGUGGACAAUGUGGAUCUGGAAGCUGCCACGAGGAAGGGCAUCCUGGUCAUGAACACCCCCAACGGAAAUAGCCUCAGUGCUGCGGAGCUCACCUGUGGGAUGAUCAUGUGCCUGGCCAGGCAGAUUCCCCAGGCGACAGCUUCGAUGAAAGAUGGCAAAUGGGACCGGAAGAAGUUCAUGGGGACAGAGCUGAACGGAAAGACACUGGGAAUUCUUGGCCUGGGCAGAAUUGGAAGAGAGGUGGCCACUCGGAUGCAGUCCUUUGGAAUGAAGACUGUAGGCUAUGACCCCAUCAUUUCUCCAGAAGUCGCAGCCUCCUUUGGUGUUCAGCAGCUGCCUCUGGAGGAGAUCUGGCCUCUCUGUGAUUUCAUCACUGUCCACACUCCCCUCCUGCCCUCCACCACAGGCUUGCUGAAUGACAGCACCUUUGCCCAGUGCAAGAAGGGCGUGCGAGUUGUGAACUGUGCCCGAGGAGGGAUUGUGGAUGAAGGUGCCCUGCUCCGCGCCCUGCAGUCGGGUCAGUGCGCUGGUGCCGCACUGGACGUGUUUACGGAAGAGCCACCUCGGGACCGGGCCUUAGUGGACCACGAGAAUGUCAUCAGCUGCCCCCACCUGGGGGCCAGCACCAAGGAGGCCCAGAGCCGCUGCGGGGAGGAAAUCGCAGUCCAGUUUGUGGACAUGGUGAAGGGGAAAUCUCUAACAGGGGUCGUCAACGCCCAGGCCCUGACCAGUGCCUUUUCUCCACACACCAAGCCUUGGAUUGGUCUGGCAGAAGCACUGGGCACUCUGAUGCAUGCCUGGGCUGGCUCCCCUAAAGGAACCAUCCAGGUAGUGACGCGAGGAACACCUCUGAAGAACGCUGGGACCUGUCUGAGCCCGGCGGUCAUUGUCGGCCUUCUAAGAGAAGCGUCAAAGCAGGCAGAUGUGAACCUGGUGAAUGCUAAGCUAUUGGUGAAAGAAGCUGGCCUCAGUGUCACCACCUCCCACAGCCCUGAGGGCCCAGGGGAGCAGGGCAGCGGGGAAUGCCUCCUGACUGUGUCCCUGGCAGGUGCCCCCUACCAAGCUGUGGGCUUGGUCCAGGGCACCACACCCAUGUUACAGGUGCUCAAUGGAGCUGUCUUCAGGCCAGAGGUGCCACUCCGAAGGGGCCAGCCCCUGCUCAUGUUCCGGGCUCAGCCCUCCAACCCUGUAAUGCUGCCCACGAUGAUUGGCCUCCUGGCAGACGCAGGUGUGCAGUUGCUGUCCUAUCAAACCUCCAAGGUAUCUGAUGGAGAGACCUGGCACGUCAUGGGCCUCUCCUCCCUGCUGCCCAGCCUGGAAGCGUGGAAGCAGCAUGUAUCUGAGGCCUUCCAGUUCUGCUUCUGACCCUGGGACUCUCUGGCCCCAGCUCCUCAGAGGGUUUCUCUGGAGAAACAUUCCCUGUGAUCUAUAGGGAGAGGAGAUCCCAUUCCUGGAGCAGAAUCUGGCCGUUUGCCUGAACUAACAUCUAGUAAAGAGUCUAACUCUA